AUGAACGAACCGAGCAAGGCAAAGCUGCUGCACUCCGGUUGGGUUUUAAAGAAGAAGAAGAAGAAGAUUCAGGGCUAUGCCAGGCGCUGGCUAGUUCUUUACAAAGAUGGAACGCUUGCAUAUGCUGCCGAGCCUGACCGCCCUUUUCGCGGUGCUAUUGACGUUCCUCACGCGAGUGUUAGCUCGGACAAAAGGCACGGCACAGUCCAUGUCGAUAGCGGAUCGAAUGUGUUCCAUUUGAAAAUGCUGAAUGACGCCGAUUUUGAGACGUGGCGCUCAAAAUUACGCACUUUCUUACAUCCGUGGUCAGCGGCGGAGCAAUCGCCGAUGGAUUUCAAGUCGGCGAUGCAGUGCCUGGAACGCUCUGACGACCUGCUGCGUUCUAGCUCCGACACUCUUUCUGGCGUGCAAUCGAUGUCACCGUCUCCGCAAAUAGCCGGUGUGAUUACUGCUCUGAAACAGAUCCAGGGUGAACACAGUGUGAUCCAUCAUACGUUGCAAAGGCAGAUCCGCUCUGGCGACUCGUCUGUCUCGCGGUCUGGAACGCCCAUGUCUGGGCUUGCUUUUGGAGGUGGUACUGUUUCCGCCGCGGGUCUCGCAGUUGCCUCGGCAUCUACCCCCGAGGAUGCCGACUUUUUCGACGCCAACGACAACGGCGACUUUGACUUUGACUACGACGGCGUCGAGUACCAAAUUGAAGAGGACCAUGGGCAUGGUGUGCGUGGUGCUAUCGAAGACGAAGACGAAGACGAUGAUGACGAGAGCGAUAACGAAGAGGACGAGAUCGUCAAUACUGCCAAGAAUGUGACCUAUCGCCGCGAGCUUCCUUCGCCCAUUGUCGGCGAAGAGGUAUCGCUGUUCUCCAUGCUCAAGAAGAACGUCGGUAAGGACCUUUCUACGAUAUCUUUCCCUGUGUCGUUCAACUGUCCCCUCUCGCUCUUGCAAGCUGCCGCAGAAGAGUACGAGUACGCUCCUGAGCUUUUGGAGCUUGCCGCGCAGGCCGACAAUGGCACAGACAGGAUCUUGCAGGUCGGUGCCUGGGCGAUCAGUGGUUAUGCCUCGACGGCCCAUCGCUCGAGCCGCAAGCCGUUCAAUCCUUUGCUUGGCGAGACGUACGAAUGCGUCCGUGCAGAUCGACGCCUUCAUUUCGUUGCUGAAAAGGUCGUGCACCGUCCGCCGAUCGUUGCGAGCUACGCUUUUGGCAAAGGCUGGAAGGUGUCUGCGUCUGGAACGGUGAAGAACAAGUUCUGGGGGAAAUCGCUCGAACUAAUUGCCGAGGGUACAACGGUCGUUGAGCUGGAUACCGGUGAUGUAUACACCAUUUCCAAACCAAGCUCGUUUAUGCGCAACCUUCUCGCGGGGAAUAAGUACUUAGAGCAUGUGGGUGAGAUGGUCAUUACCAAUGUGAAGACGAAUGAGCGUCUCGCUGUCCAGUUCAAGGAGAGCAGCAUGUUUGGUGGCGCCGCUUCGCGCAACCACAUUACUGGCAUUGUUUACGAUGCUAACGGAACCGAGACGGCGACGCUAAAGGGCAAGUGGGACGAACAAGUGGCUCAACAAAUUGAUAAGGAUCACCUCAAGGUGCUCUGGGAGGCUGCAAACAUGCCUCCUAACCCAGCGGUCUACUAUGGAUUCACUUACUUUGCCAUGUCCCUGAACCAAAUCACUGACGAUAUUAAGGACGCGAUACCUCCAACAGACUCGCGUCUGCGUCCGGAUCAGCGUGCUAUGGAAGAUGGCGACAUUGACGCAGCAGAGUCGCUGAAGCAAACACUCGAGGACAGGCAGCGUGAAAGACGAAAGGCUAUGGAAGAUGCUGGUGAGACCUACCGGCCGCAAUGGUUCCAUCUCGGUCCGCAGGAGGCCACCGCGCCAGAAUGGGUGUACGGGACCAUGGGCGAAUCCGAUUAUUUCCAGAAGCGCAAAAAUGUCAUCCACAACCAUGCCAAAUGGUCAGUGGGCAAUGCGACGAUUUUUGAACUGCCUAAACCAUAG